AUGGAGCUGUGCAGCAGCCUGGCCGUCAGACGCCUCGUGUUCUCGGGCUGGAGGCCGGGCCCGGUGCCGGGGGUGCGGCAGGAGGACGCGCGGCUCGGGGGGUUGCCCGUGCGGCUGUACCGGCCCCGCGCCCGCCCGCGCUCCGCCAUGCUGCUGUUCCACGGCGGGGGCUGGAUCUGCUGCGGGCUCGAUUCCCAUGAAAAGAUCUGCCAGUACAUUGCCAAGGAAAGCAACUCGCUGGUGGUGUCUGUGGGGUACCGUUUAGCCCCCGAGCACAAAUACCCCGCUGCGUACGAAGACUGUCUGAGCGCCAGCCUGCACUUCCUGCAGCACCUGCAGCACUACGGCGUGGAUCCUGCCCGGGUCACUGUCUGUGGGGACAGUGCUGGGGGCAACCUGGCAGCUGCUGUGAGCCAGACCCUGGCAGGCAGGUCAGACCUCCCCAGACUCCGUGCUCAGAUCCUCAUCUACCCAGGCCUUCAGGCACUGGACUUCAAUUUACCAUCCUACCAACAAAACCGGGGAGUCCCUCUGCUAUUCCGGGAACGUGCUGCUUAUUAUUCUCUGCAGUACUUUCAAGGGAACGCAUCAAAUCUGGAAGAGGUCUUGGAGGGUGCUCAUGUUCCUCCAGACAUGAGGCUGAAGUAUAAAAAGUGGGUGAGUCCAGACAACAUCCCUGAGGAAUUUAAGGUCAGAGGCUACAAACCACAUAAGCCCUGUGAAUUCCAGCCUGAAGUUUAUGAGACAAUGAAGAGAUUCUGUGAGCCCACCCUGUGCCCACUGCUGGCUGAAGACACAGUUAUUCAGCAGCUGCCAGAAUCUUUCAUCCUGACCUGUGAGUACGACGUGCUGCGGGACGAUGGCUUGUUGUACAAGAAGAGGCUGGAGGACAACGGGGUUCCAGUGACCUGGUACCACCUCAAGGAUGGAUUCCAUGGAAUUGUAAACCUAUUUGAUUAUCGUGGUUUGUCAUUUCCGUCUGGGAAGAGGGGAUUGGACAGGGUUGUUGCAUUUAUAAAAGGCCUGUAA